CCUGCUACGCAUCUCCCUGCAGUGGUUACUUUUCUACUUCUUGAUCUCCAUGACCUGUCUUCACUGCUUCACAAGAUCAAUGAACCACAAUUACAUGCAAUGGCAUUCCUUACACAAGAAGAAAUCCAGAAACAUGCAUCGCGCCAGUCAUGCUGGGUUGCCAUCCAUGGCUCUGUUUACGAUGUGACCGACUUCAUCGACGAACACCCCGGCGGUCCACAGGUAAUCCUCCGCCGUGCCGGCCAGGACGCAACAGCAGACUUCGACUCCGUCCACGACCAAUCCCUCCUCACCGAGACCCUUGCACCAUCAUGCCUGAAAGGCAGGAUCCAACCCGGUACACUCUCAGCCCUCUCCUCCUCCUCAUCAUCAUCAUCAGCAACAUCCUCAACGCCCAACCCCCUCCCCAAAAUACUAACCACCACAACCACAACCACAACCCCCGCCCCUCCCCUCACCACCCUAAUCAACCUCCACGACUUCGAAAAAGUCGCCCACCAACACCUCCCCCCCCACGCAUGGGCCUACUACGCCUCCGGCGCCGACGACGAGCUCAGCACGCACAACAACGCGAAAGCCUACCGCAGAGUCUCCCUGCGCCCGCGCAUCCUCCGCAGCAUCCGGGCCGUGGACACCAGCACGACGAUCUUGGGGAGGCAAGUCUCGCUGCCGGUGUACAUGAGUCCCACAGGCAUCGCCAAGCUGGCGCACCCGGACGCCGAAUGUGCCCUGGCGAGGGCGGCGGGCCACGAGGGGCUGGCCCAGGUGCUGGCUAACGGGGCGAGCAUGCCCAUUGAGCGGGUGCGCGCGGCGCGCACGAACCCCCAGCAGCCGCUGUUUGCGCAGCUGUAUGUGAAUAAAGACAUACGGAAGUCGGUGGAGACGGUCCGGCGGGCGGUGGAGGCUGGGGCCUGUGGGAUUUGGGUGACGGUUGAUUCGCCGGUUGUGGGGAAGAGGGAGAUGGAUGAGAGGUUGAAUUUGGAGGUUCAGGCACGAGACUCGUCCGCCCGCGGCCAGGGCGUCGCGAAGACCAUGGCCAGUUCCAUCUCCCCGUUCAUCGACUGGGAGAUCCUGACCUGGCUGCGCGACCUCACCGACUUACCGAUUGUGAUCAAGGGGAUCCAGUGCGUCGAGGAUGCGGUGUUGGCGUACCAGCAGGGGGUGCAGGGGAUCGUUCUCUCGAAUCAUGGGGGCAGGUCGCAGGAUACAAUCACUGAUGAUGAAGCGGUUAGCGCCCAACCCCCGCUCGUCACCUUGCUGGAGAUCCGCAGACACGCGCCCUAUUUGAUCGGAAGCCGCAUGCAGAUCUUCGUGGAUGGCGGGAUCCGUCGCGGCACCGAUGUCCUCAAGGCGCUGGCGCUGGGCGCGUCGGCUGUUGGGCUCGGCCGGCCGUUCCUCUACGGUCUCGCGGCGGGUUACGGCGAGGAGGGGGUGCGCCGCGUGAUCGCGAUCCUGCGGCAGGAGAUCGAGGCGAAUAUGGUGUUCUUGGGGGUGACGACACUGUCGGAGUUGGGGCCGCAUCUGCUGAAUGCGACGCGGUUGGAGAGGGAUGUGGUGGGGGAGGUGAAGUUGUAG